CUCUCUCGUGCACUUGAAGUCAGCACGCGCUACUUCCGUUCUCCUCGUUUUUGUUUUGGUGGUCGAUUAUCUAACACCUCUCAGUGGCCGCGAACGCAGCAGCUGGACCACGUGUUCAUGCAUCUGUUGUCCUAUUGGCUGAGCGCCGAUCAGCUGCUCUCUGCGGGUGUUCGUGACCGCGCACAGCUCGAGCUGUCGGAGCCGCGGCGGGGACUCAGGCUCCGUGUCCCGGUCAUCCGGGUCAGUCCUCCGGUUAACGGUUCUGCCGUUAUUCCCGUGCCAGUGAUGCGAAAGCGGAAUAACUCUGAUGACAGCGGCACUCUGCUGGAACGCGACCCGGACCUGAAGCAGCGUCCCGGGGAGGCAGCGGCCGACUGGCAGGGCCCGGGCGGGGAGCGGGACAUGGGGAGACCCUUCAGCAGGUUGGGUGCGGGCGGGAAGAUGAAGAGGAUGAUCUUGUGGCUGCUGGUCGUCUACGUCUCAAUUCCCUUCAUCGUCAAACUGUGUCCUUCCAUCCAGGCCAAACUCGUCUUCCUCAACUUCGUGAGGAUGCCGUACUUCCUCGACCUGAAGAAACCACUGGACCAUGGACUGAACCACACACACAACUUCUACCUGCAGCCAGAGGCCGGCCAGAAGAUUGGAGUCUGGCACACCGUUCCUGCUCAGAUGUGGAGAGAAGCUCAGGGGAAACAAGGCGACUGGUACGACACCACCUUUAGCUCCACCCACACUGUCAUCCUUUAUCUCCAUGGAAACGCAGGAACCAGAGGAGGAGACCACCGAGUCCAGCUCUACAAGGUCCUCAGCUCGUUAGGGUUCCACGUCGUCGCCUUUGAUUACAGAGGGUGGGGGGAUUCCGAUGGCUCCCCAACAGAGGGAGGGAUGACAGCAGACGCUCUCUACGUCUACGAUUGGCUGAAACGCCGUCUGGACGUUAAGACGCCGUUUUACAUCUGGGGACACUCUCUGGGGACGGGGGUAACACACACAUGGACACACACAUGGACACACACAGGAAGUCCUCCUCACGCUGUGAUCCUCGAGUCUCCUUUCACCAACAUCAGAGAGGAGGCCAGAAGCCACCCAUUCUCCAAGGUGUACAGAUACCUGCCUGGCUUUGAUUGGUUCUUCCUGGACGCCAUCACAGCGAACGACAUCCGCUUCGCCAGCGACGAGAACGUGAAGCACAUCUCCUGUCCCGUGCUGAUCCUCCACGCCGAGGACGACGCCGUGGUCCCCUUCCACCUCGGGAAAAAGCUCUACGAGGCUGCCACCCGGUCCCAGAAGCUCCAAGGACACAAGGUCCAGAUGGUCCCCUUCUCCUCGGCGCUGGGCUACCAGCACAAGUUCAUCUACAGGAGCCCAGAGCUGCCGAACAUCCUCAGAGAUUUUUUGGGGCCUGCCUCCCGACAGAAGGACUAGUCCUGAAAACAUCAACAUGUGUUUUACAGUUAGACUGAAACACAGACUUAGUCCUCAUUCCGCAACAUUUACUGCUUCACUUUCAUUGUGUGAUUUCAUUUUUAUUUUAUUUUGAACUGAAAAUCUCUGGACUCUCUUCAACAUCUGGUUGGUUUUUGUUACUAUUUCCUGUUAUGACUUGAAUUAUGAAUUAAAUAUUUCUAGUUUUAAGUAA